AUGAUGCCGUCGACGACUUCAAAGUCCGCACGCUCGCGGUUCUCGAGUCCGCUCCACCUCUCGAGCUCACCGGCAAGCCAUAACAAGGGUGUCACGACCGAUGGGCAGAGGAAGUUCUUGCAGCGAUGGCUGGAACCACCCGUGCAGAACAAGCCGAGUUUUCAGGAGGCAGGUUUGAUGCGUGGCGGCGUAGUGGAAAACAUGGCGCCUUUGGGAACGCUGCCCAAGCAUGCAAAGAAGCAGCAGACGCCAGUGGGAGGAGCUGGAGGAGAGGGAUCACCUGCGCCUGCUGCUCCGACACCAACAGUGAGAAAGAUUGUGCUCAAGAAGCCGGGUGCGGCAGCGAGGGCAACGCCAGUAGUGGAGGAGCCUGUUGCCGUACCGACGAUAGAGUCACCAGACAGAGAACCAUUCUCGCCAACACGCCCGGUGUAUCCGAUCAACGGACUGGAUGACGACGACGACGAUGAUUACAUGCCAGUACCGAAGAAAACGGCAAAGGGUCGUCGCUCGUCGGGUGGGUUCGUUGCAAACACUGCAAACGCUGGCUCUACGCGUCCUGGUCGUGCUGGGCGCCGCAGCAACGCAGCCACCACCGCUCUCCCAAAAAGUUCUUCACCAUCAUCUCUUUCGCACACCCCCACAAAUAAUGAAAUUUCUUCAAACUCUUCACUUCCCACACAAUCCUCCUUAUCACAAGCAAAUCAAACGGUGCCUACAUUUGACUUGACACCGCAGCCACAAGAAGUUGCACUCAAGUCAGAGCACAUGCUGCCUGAGCAUGCGCACGAACACGAACCUGCGACGAUAGACAAUUCGGAUUUCUUCACUGCUCCUCCUUCGGUGCACAGAGAGCCCGACAGCAAGGAAGCUGUGGAUAGGAUCGUGGAGGUUGCAGUUGAAGAAGCGCUGCGGCACUUUCGGUAUCCUACUGCCUAUGCCCUACGGACCCUUUACGACGACUACCACCAGCAGCCUUACUUUGUCUCGAUGUUCGAGGACGUCUUUCAUCAAAGAGCUGACAUUGACGCACUGGCUGAAUUCAACCGCCUUAUGGCAGCACGAAAAAAGGACGGCAAGUCUGAGAACAAAGCCUUCAACUACUGGGUUCCUUCAUCCAACAAGCAUCGCAUCACCCCGCAGAAGCCGAGGGCCGCGCCUUACAGCGCUCUACUGACAAUGGAUCUCUCGCCGACCAAGGGCAAGAUUCAAGUCGACGAUUUUGACCUUGACCAACAUGUACACAAGAGGCCAAGGCUCGACGAUCAAGGCGACAUUGACAUGGAUGAUGUGACACCUCUACUCGACGACGCGCCUGCCGCACUUGCGGCAGCCUUGAAGACAAUGUCAGAUAGAGAGACAACUCCUACUCCGGCAACUAAAGUCUCUUUUACCGCCCUGGCACAAGCAGGAGCAGCAGAAGGAGCUCAUUCAUCUACUGGCGAGGACGACGCCACUGUCACAGAAAAUGGGGCCAAGGCAACCACGACAAUUGGCACCAGCAGUGUCACCGGCAGCGGCGGCGGCUUGGUCGGAGUUAAGAGCAAGGCCCACAAAUCGCCUCACAAGUCUCCGCACAAGUCGCCAUUCAAGUCGCCAGGCAAGUUGCGUAGGAACAGGCAACGUUCUCAGUCUGUCAGCAGCGACUCGUCUCUUUCGAGUGUUCCAGACGAUGCGCUGACUGACUACGAUGAAUUUAUGGAUCAGGUGGAUGAGGAGCUGGGCAUUAUUUCGCGCCCUAGCACUGCCGAGCCAAAUGAUGCCCCAGCCCCGACCAAGGCAGCCCAGCCAAUCAACGGCCGGCAGAAGAAACCCGCGUCCAAAAAGAAGAACCACUCCCCCGAACUUGAUUCCUCUUCGGACACCACCCAACAUCGCUCGUCCAAACAGAACCCGGACAUGCCCACCGCCAUCGCGGUCAACGGCAAAUCUCAACAGAAGCGCAUCACCAAACCGUCGGUCAAGUCCAACAAGACUGUUAUCAAGACUGUUGAGACUGAUGAUGCUCGUCUUCUCCUUGAGAAAAGUCUCAUUGAGGACAAGGUGACUGCAAGACAGAAGACGAGUGAGCUCACAAAGGACAUCGUGGCAGACAGCUUCACCCGCAUUCCCCUGUCGUCGGAGCCGCGGGAGGAGGAGCUGCCAACGCCGCUGCCUGCUGCAAGGUCGCGUUCUGUAAGGACUCCAGCUCCGCCUUUGUCUCUGCGAGCGGCCCGGGCAAAGAAGAGACACAAUGAAGGCGUGGAUGAGGCCACCUCGCCCACCACCGCUCUCCGGCCUGACCUGGAGCCCCCCUCAUCGGCGCGCAGUUCCAGAGCGGCAACGCCAUCUAACCCUCGCCCUGCAAAGAAGCCAAGAGGAGGACUGCGUGUCAAGACAUCGCCCAUGAAGAAGAAGGGAGGUGCAGCGGGAAUUCCUCGUGGCAGUUCGCGGCCGAGUCCCGUGUUUGGAGGACCUCAGCAUGAUAAGGAUGAGAAUGACGAUUCAUGCUUUACGUGCGGCGGCAGUGGUGAACUGGUUUGCUGUGACGGAUGCAAUUAUUCUUUCCAUUUUCUCUGCAUCGAUCCUCCUAUCGACGAGAAUCUCAUGCCAGACGAAUGGUACUGUCAUGAAUGCACUCGCAAGUACUUCCCAGAGAAGUUGACGGGCCACCGCGGCGCUUUUGGAACACUGCUCGACGCACUGGACAGAAAGAAUCCCAUCUCUUUCCGACUACCUCUUGACAUUCGCGAGUGCUUUGAGGGAGUCAAGACUGGCCCGGAUGGCGAAUACGAAGAGGUCACCAGUACCAAACCCAACAAGAAGGGUGUUGUAGAAGACUUUGACUGGUUUCGAAUCCGUUCUGCAGAGGGUGGUGCCGUGCUAUGCCAUCAAUGUCACCAAGGUGCCACCAACAAUAGGCCCAUCAUUCCUUGCUCUGUCUGCGGGCUCAAUUGGCAUCUGGAGUGUCUGGACCCCCCUCUCGCAGUGCCCCCGGUCCUGCGCAACUGGCGCUGCCCCUGCCAUAUGGAGGAUGCAUUCAUGACAUCCCUCGGCCCAGCACACAAGUUCCGAAAGCUCAAAAACGCCCCAGUCAUUGAGCAAGCGUAUAGUAGAGGCAUGCGAAAUAAUGGCUGGAUCGAAGUUGAGGAAGAUGACGACGAUGCCGAAGACACGUGGACGGCAACUCGUAGAGACUUUGGACGCGUCUACAGACUGCCCGAGAAGGGCAUCAAGCUGGACUUCUUGUCUCGUGUGCAUGAAAACCGAGCCAAGCAGCAGCAGCAACGGCGCAUUUCAGCAGGAGCAGCAACCCCAGAGUCCCGCUCCUCCAACCCCGCUUUGCCCAUCCCCUCUCGCAGUGUCGAGCAACAACAAGCUGCUCUUAAUCUAUACCAGCUCCGUAAUGGCACCGACGGUGUAUCCCACCUUGUCGAUGCCUUGGUUUCCCACGCUCCGCCAGCUGUUGUGUCACUGAUCGCUGCAGGCAAUGCCACUUCCAUCAACAGUGGUAACUUGGCCACAAACGAUGAAAACUCGCUUAGAGCCAUGCUCGCACAAUUAGAGCAGAUGACGGUCCAGGUCCAGAAACUACUUGCCAAAGCUGCCACCACCUCAGAGGCAACACCGCAAAACAGUCAGCAAGGAGACGACUCGUCCAUGCAGAUGGACUAA